UGUGAUUUCUGAACGAAACUAACAAAAGUUCAAAGUUCCUCAAAAGAAGAAAAAAAGAUUCUUUUAAUUUUAUUUUUUAACAUUUGUUUUUUUUUAGUUUAAUUACUUAUUUAUUAUAACUUUUAACAAAAAUGCAUAGUGUUUUAUCUAAAGCUAUUCAAAUCUAUGGUUCAGCUGCCCGCCAAUGUAGAAGCAUAGCAUCCCUUUCAGCGUUACCAGACACCUAUCAGAUGUUGUAUAAGACUUGUCGAGAUUUCGCUGAAGGAGAAUUGAAGCCCAAUGCUGCAAAAUAUGACCGAGAGCAUUUAUACCCCGGAGAUGCCAUUAAAAAGAUGGGAGAACUGGGUCUUAUGGCAAUAGCUACACCAGAAGAAUUGGGCGGUGCGGGACUUGAUUAUCUGGCAUAUUCUAUAGCAUUAGAAGAGAUCUCUCGAGGUUGUGCCUCUGCUGGGGUUAUAAUGUCAGUAAACAAUUCUCUAUAUCUUGGACCUUUGUUGGGUUGGGGAACAGACAAACAGAAAAAGGACUUUGUUACGCCAUUCUGUGCCGGUGACAUAGUUGGUUGCUUCGCUCUGUCGGAACCUGGUAAUGGAUCAGAUGCUGGUGCUGCAUCUACUACUGCAAAGGAUGCUGGUGAUAAGUGGAUUCUAAAUGGUACAAAAUGUUGGAUCACCAAUGGUUAUGAAAGCAAAGCUGCUGUUGUCUUUGCUACUACUGAUAAAAGUUUAAAACAUAAAGGAAUCUCUGCAUUUAUUGUGCCAAAACCAAUUAAAGGCCUAGAAUUAGGGAAAAAAGAAGACAAAUUAGGAAUAAGAGGGUCAUCCACAUGUUCUCUGAUGUAUGAAGACUGUGAAAUACCAAAAGAGAACAUUUUAGGACAACCAGGUUUGGGCUUCAAGAUAGCUAUGAUGACAUUAGAUGCUGGUAGGAUUGGUAUUGCUUCACAGGCUUUAGGCAUAGCUCAGGCAUCAUUGGAUGUGGCAGCCGAGUAUGCAUCGAAAAGAACAGCAUUUGGAAAGCCCAUUGUGAAAUUACAGUCUAUACAAAAUAAGUUGGCUGAUAUGGCCCUAAGGCUGGAAUCUGCACGGCUGCUCACGUGGCGCGCUGCCUGGCUCAAGGACAAUAAGAAACCAUUCACUAAGGAGGCAGCAAUGGCCAAGUUAGCGGCAUCUGAAGCAGCUACAUUUUUAUCUCAUCAGUGUAUACAGAUUCUUGGAGGCAUGGGUUAUGUCUCUGAUAUGCCAGCAGAACGUCAUUAUCGUGAUGCUAGAAUCACUGAAAUAUAUGAAGGAACCUCAGAGAUUCAAAGGCUAGUCAUUGCUGGGCAACUCAUAAAGGAGUAUGGAUUAAAUUAAUUUAAGCUAUAUCUAUUUUAACUAUGUAGGAUUUGAUAAUUGAGAUUUAUAGGUCCAAAUUUUGUCUUCACGUAAGGUAUUUUGACAAAGAUAUAUACUCAAGACAGUUUACAUAACAAUAUUUGAACUCUAAAAUAUGUAUAAUUUGUGUGAUUUUAAGAUUUUAUAGUAAUGUAUAAAAACAUUGUGACACUCAAAUUACCUACCUAUGUUAUUUUUUGAUACUCAUUAAGACUGUUUUAUUUAGUAUUAUGUAUUUUUAGGAAUAUAUCAUGUAAAUAAGCAAUAAAACCAAUUGUUAAAUAAUA